AUGAAGAAAAUUGCUGCGUUCUUGAGCUUUUCUCGUGUUUUGGGAGCUUCCGUUUUUGGCAGUGGAGAUUCAAAUUUGAACCCGGAGAGCUGUGGCGACUCUUAUCAGCUUUAUGUUUCGCAGUGGAUUCUCGACAAUGCCCAGUUGACUACGGACAGAGAUUACGCCUACUACUAUGAUGAUUACUACGACUACUACGGCGAGGAAGUUGACGAAGAGGAGGAAGGAGGGAACGAAACGGCCGAGGCGGCGAAAAACAUAACUGUCUCUUGCGGAGUCCCGAUGUUCGCAGACGAAGCAGACCGAACUCCCACCUGUUCGUUGGUAACGGAAGAAGACGAGGAACACAUUGUCGAUACAGGAAGAAUUUUGGGCGCCAACGAGGCGAUUCCGCACUCGCAUCCUUGGCUAGCCGCGCUGCAGAUCAAAAAAUACCCCGAUAAUCUGCUGGAAACGCACAUCGAAAUCAACGCAAACUGCGGCCCAUUUGAACUGUUGCUCAGCGAGCACUCCUUCUGCGCCGGCUACCACGGAACCAGCUCUGGCUGCGUUGGCGACUCUGGCGGCCCCCUCGUCUGUGCGCGAACUACUGAUGAUUUUACUUACACAAGAUUCGAGAUUUCUGGCAUUUCCAGCUGGUCCGGCCGAAGCUGUUACCCCGCCAAUCCUACUGGCUUUAUGAAAGGAAAGUCUGUAAAUGACUUUACAUCUGCUGGAAAGUUCCAGGCCUGCUUUCCUGGCGAUUCCGAAGCAUUGGCUGCUUUGGGAAAUGGAACUGGCUCGCUGGACCAAGUUUCUGAUUUCUGUAAAUUGACGUUGGCGACUCUCAACGAGCGGGAAAAGGCGCUGUAUACCGAAGGAGAUGGAGCUGCGAUUUCUGGAACGAUGAUGGACAAUAUUUGGUGGUUCAUCGGACUCGGCGCAGUCGUCUGGCUCGCUGGGUGGAUCCAGACCGCGUGUCUUAUAGCGACUUACUUUGCCUCGGUAGUGCGCCAAAACAUCGGAUAUUUCGACACCCACGACACUGGCGAGUUAAACACGCGUAUGUUCGACGAUGUGAAGAAAAUACAAGAUGGAAUCGCUGAAAAAGUCGGCAUUGCUAUUCAGUCACUCGCGCAGUUCAUCGGAGGCAUCAUCAUUGCCCUUGUUUACGGCUGGAAGCUCGGGCUUGUUUGCGUCGCUCUUUUGCCUGUGAUCGGCAUUUCCGGCUUUUUGUUCUUUUACAUGACGACUUCCGCUUCAAAAGCAGAACUCGACGAUUACGCCGAAGCUGGCGGCAUCGCGGAGGAAGUUCUUGGCGCGAUUCGCACCGUCACUGCUUUCGGCGGACAAGCUUUCGAAAACAAGCGUUAUUACAGCCCACUUUUGCGCGCCCAAUUUUCCGGAAUCAAAAAGUCAGCGCUGGCUGGAUUCGCCAUUGGUUUCUUCUUCCUCGCCAUGUUUUGCGUUUAUGCUCUUGCCUUCUGGUACGGGGCGGAGCUGGUCAUUACUGACGGCUACGAUGUUGGGCGAAAGCUCAUAGUGUUCUUCGGCGCGAUUAUUGGGGGCUUUGGACUCUCCCAAAUGGGCCAAAACUUGGAGUACUUGGGCACAGCGCAGGCAGCAGCCUACAGCGUCUUCGAAAUCAUUGACCGAGUUCCAGAAAUUGACGUUUACUCUACAAAAGGAAAGAAGCUCGCCGAUGUGAAAGGAACCAUCACCUUCAAAGACGUCAAGUUCACUUAUCCGUCCCGACCCGAGCAAGAAAUUCUGAAGGGCGUUCUAAUUGACGGACAUGAUAUAAAAGACUUGAAUCUCGCCUGGUUCCGUGAAAAUGUCGGAGUCGUCAGUCAGGAGCCGAUUUUAUUUGACGGCUCUGUGGAAGAAAACAUUCGACUAGGACGACUCGAUGUGACGAAGGACGAAAUCAUCACAGCGUGCAAGCAAGCCAAUGCUUACGACUUUAUCCAAAAGCUUCCGGCAGUUUGGGAGACCAACGUCGGCGAAGGAGGCGCCACUCUUUCGGGAGGGCAAAAGCAGCGAAUCGCCAUCGCCAGAGCUCUUGUUCGAAAUCCGCGAAUUCUUUUGCUCGACGAAGCCACUUCCGCGCUCGACACUGAGUCGGAAAAGAUUGUUCAACAGGCGCUAGAAACUGCCUCGCUCGGAAGAACAACACUUGUCAUUGCACACAGAUUGUCGACGAUCAAAAAAGCGGACAAAAUCAUCGGUUUCAAAAAUGGCGAAAAAGUGGAAGAAGGAAACAACGAAUCGUUGCUCCAAAUCGAAGAUGGAGUUUACAAGACACUCUCGAAUAUGCAAACCUAUGUUGAUGAAGACAACGAAGACGGAAAGACGGAAAAGGAGGAAUCACUCAAAACCGUUUCCAAAGAUGAUGUGAUUACGGAACCGAUUUGGGCAAUUGUCUUCGCAAAUGUACUUGAAAACUACUCCGAGUUCAAUUGCGCCUACAAUCAAGACAUCAGCGCAUUGAGCGGGAAUCAGACUUUGAACUUUGGCCUCGGUGAUUUCACCGUAGACGUGGACGCCUUGAAAGCAGAUGAGAAAGGGUGCAGAUUGGAUGGAUUCAGAGACGAGAUUCGCUUCUGGGCUGGAAUGUUUGCUGUUCUAGGAGUCGGGCAGUUCAUCGGCUACGGCUUUCUCAACUGGAUGUUCGGCUUUUCUGGCGAAUACAUGACCACGAGGCUCCGAGCGCAGUCGUUCGCCAAACUCCUCAGACUAGAUAUGGGCUAUUUUGACGAGCCACUGAACUCGACAGGUGCAACGGGCCGACGAGUGAGUCAAAUGUUCAUCAAUAUCGGCGCCCUUGGAUGUGGUCUCGGAGUGGCCUUCUAUUAUGAAUGGCGACUUUGUCUCCUCACCUUUGCUUUUCUGCCGUUCAUGAUUGUUACUCAGGCGUUGAUGAUGAAACUGAUGACGGGCAACUUUGGUGGAAACGAACAACUCGCGAUCGAAACCGCCAGCAAAGUAGCGACAGAAGCAACAACAAACAUCCGAACAGUCGCAGGACUCGGCCGAGAAGCCCAUUUCGGCAAAAUCUACAAAGAAAACAUCGACGCUACUUUCCAAGGAAAAGGCAAGAAGAUCAACAUUUAUGGAAUCCUCUACGGCGCCAGUUUGGGAGUGAUGUUCUUCAUGUACGCCGGUCUCUUCCGCUUCUCGAUGUUUUUGAUCGACGAGGGAAUCAUCGAUAUUUCGAGAACUUCGGACAUCUUCAGAGUCUUGUUCGCGCUUGUUUUCGCCGCUUUCACUGCAGGAUCGGGCCAAUCCGCUGGAAUGGCACCAGAUUACGGUCAAGCAGUGUUAGCAGCUCGCCGUGUCGUUAAACUUCUCGAAUACCCGCUCUUGAUUGACCCCGAAUCUACCAAAGGCCAAAAGCCUCAAAUCACCGGCAAGGUGGAAUUCUCCUCCGUCGAGUUUUCCUACCCAACUCGCAAAGACGUACUCGUGCUAAAAGGACUCAAGACCAUCGUCGAGCCAGGCCAAACACUCGCGCUCGUGGGCCAAUCUGGCUGUGGAAAAUCCACAUGCAUUUCGCUCCUCGAAAGAUUUUACAACGCAUCGGCUGACACGACAAUUACCAACAACAUCUUGUACGGACUAGAUGACGAAAUUUCUUCUGGAGAUCGAAAAUCGAACAAAGUCGGAGUUGAACAAUUCUCAAGAGAAGACAUCGAAGCGGCGCUGAAAGAAGCAAAUGCGUAUGACUUUGUUAUGGAGCUUCCGCAGGGGCUAGAAACCCGCUGCGGCAAGAAGGGAUCGCAACUGAGUGGAGGACAGAAGCAGAGAAUCGCCAUCGCCAGGGCGUUAAUUCGAAAGCCAAAGAUUCUGUUGCUGGACGAGGCGACAAGCGCCCUCGAUACCGAAAGCGAAAAGAUCGUGCAAGAUGCGCUUGACAAGGCGCGGCAAGGGCGGACUGCGAUUCUGAUCGCGCACCGACUUUCCACCGUUAUCAACGCGGACGUCAUCGCCGUCGUCGACAACGGCGUCAUCGUGGAAAGCGGCCGCCACCAAGAACUACUGGACAAACGAGGCGCUUACUACAACCUCAUCAGAUCCCAAUUAUAG